AUGCUCCGCCAGGUCGUCCGAGGAGCUCGGUGGUAUCAGCAUGUGGCCCACAGAAGCCCGUCGAUUAUGUCGCUUUCGCGAUCGCGAGCCUUCUCCGUCGUAACGCCACGCUCAUUACACUAUGGUGGAAAAGAUGACAAGAUCCGCUUCUACGAACAGGAUACCCGAGGGAGCAAGAUUAGAAAGGAAAUUGAUCCGGAGGCCGAAGACAGUGCCGUCAAAAAAGAUGUUGAGAAUGAGCUCUCCAAGCUCGAUAGGGAGUUGGAGAUCUUGAAGGAAGGCCCCUUUGGUCCAAACAGCGCUUUUAUAAAAGAGUUACCCGAAAAAGAGAGACAAAUCGCUCUUGAAGCUCUUCGCAAACAUGCAGAGGAGACGGGGGAAACCGAACUCGACAUUGACUUGGAUAAGGUAUUUGAUGGUGAGCUAGAUGCCAUGCUCAAGGAAGAGUUUGAGGGUCUGGCAAUGGAGGAAGAGAAUUGGCAGUUGGAACCGGAGGAUGAGAUCUCUCCCAAAGUUCCAGUCUCUCGGCAACCUUACGAAAUAAUUCUACACGAAUCGCAGUCACAUCCCUACGUGGACAAGCUCAACAUUUGUCUGUCACGGUUUGCAAACGACCCUGCCAAUGAACAGUCAGGGCAAGAAUUGUGGAGAUGGUACCGUCGUUCCAAACAGGUUAUACCGAACUUUCUGCAAUCUAUACCCGAAGAGGCGAUGACUAUGAUCUGGGACUCUCAAGCUAAUGGCGAGUCGGGGCGGGCAUUUCGAGCGACUCGCCUGCAGACCUUGGCUGAAGAUGCCGUUACGGCUGGGCGACUACUUCCUACGCCUCGUAUGCUUUCAUACAUCCAGUCACUCCAGGAAAGUGGCAAUAUUAAUCUUGCGCUGGAUCAGUGGGAGGCACAUCAGGCAGACCUUUGCCAGAGCAAGGAAGAUCUCGAGACUUAUUGGAAGCUCGGCGUGCGACUAUUCGCUGCUGCAGGCGAUCCUCAAAGAGCACAGGAUAUUGCUUUGGCAUUUCUAUCCAACGACAAGUCGCGCGAACCUCGUAUCCUUCUCCCAGUUAUCACAGCCUGGGGCAGACAACCUGGAAAGGAGGCUGAAGUUAAGGCGUGGGCGUUAUAUUUACAGCUGAAGACGCUUCUGGGCGCCAACAUGACCAUGAAGGAAUACGACUAUGUCAGCAUCGGGCUUCUUAAAGCGGGCCGGCUCAAUCUUGCUAUUGCGGUGUUUAAGGAUAUGAUGGUAACUGGCCAGGAUCCAACAAACGAUUCGACUUCCCUGUACAAGGCAGCUUUGGGACUUGUAGGAAACCUUCAGGCGUCCAGUAUUCGAGAACAGGACGUCAACAAAAUUUCACUCUCCACCCUGACUGUUCUACCCCGGCGGUUCCAGAAUCGCUUCUUCUACGCUAGCUGGAUGAAAAAGCUCAUAGGAAUGGGUGAGGUCGACUCUGCUGCGAUGGUAAUUGAGUUGAUGUAUGAACGAGGAGUCAGGCCUGAUCCCAAGCACCUCAAUGGGGUAAUGGCUGCGUGGCUUCGUGAAGGAAAUUCUAUUUCGAGAGCCAAAGCUGAGAAACUGGGAUGGUCCAUGGUUCAACAACGAAUCGACCUGGUGUGGGCUCGGACUGCAUCACCAGAAAAAUCUCCUCAACUUCUUGUUAGCCAGAAGUCUGAUGGUGUUCCGAUACCGAAGUUCAUGCAGAGGCAAAUGCCUCCAGCAAACAUCGAGACUUUCUCGAUUCUUCUCCUCCAUUACAGCCGAAGGACUGAUGACGACAUGGUCAAAUACUUGGUCAAAUGCCUGGGAGAUGCACGAAUCCAGCCAAAUUCGUAUUUCAUGAAUCAUCUCCUGUAUGCCGAGCUUAGGAAACAAGAUGUGCACUCUGUCUGGAGCAAAUACCAGACCAUGUCUGCUUCUAUCAAACCAGACCUGGAAACGUUCGCCUGCCUGUGGGACUGCGGCAAGCUUCAGUACGACCGGGGCCGCACAGCCUUCGACGCUGGGUUUCCAUCGGCACGCGAGCUGUACGCAGAGAUGAUCAAGUGGUAUACUCACCUCAGCCCGCGCGGCAAGUCGACGGCCCGGGAUGAAUUCUCCAAGGAACUUUAUGACCAGAUCAUCCGUUGUUUCUGCCUCUCCAAGGACCUGCCUGGUACUCUUGUCGCACUCUAUUCCAUGGGGGCGAUUUUCGGAUCAUCUCCCGACGAGGUGACUGCUCGUCUGAUCGCCCUGCAGGUCGCGCGCAUGGCUGCCGUCCCGACAGACACGCCCAAGCGCCGUCUACGCCGUCUGUCUACGACCCCCAGGAGCAAGGAGAACAUUGCCCAAGUCAACCGACUCGUCGAGAUUUUGAGUGAGCGCAAGGCAGCCGGUCUGCAGGCGCAAGGGCUGCAUCCCGACCAUCUCGAGCCGCACGAGAAGCAACAGUACCAGCUCGAGAUCAUGGCCGACCUGCUCCGCGUUGUAAUGCGCCGAACAGCCGCCGACCCGAGCCAGAUCGAAGACGAGAUAACGACUGUCGCCGCGGAAAUGGGCGUCUCGCCAGCUGAUAUCGGAUCGUCGAUGGAGGAUGACAAUCUACCCUUGUAG